UUCUGAUUCGCACGUGUUCUAACUGAUUUUGUGCUUCUUUGCUUUGCAUGUGUGUCUUGAAAUUUUAGUUAGAAGAUGACCCUUCGUCUUCUUUCCUUUUCUGUCUUUGUAUUUUUCUCCUCUUUUUGUUGAAAAUGAUGAAGAGACCAUGUGAUUUGAUGGUUUCAUUCUGAUUCAGACCUGAUCAAACUGAAAUUUUAUGAAUCUUUGAUCUGCAUGUGUGUUUGUUGUCUUGAAUUUUAUUGUGGAGAUGCAACAUUCCUCUUCUCCUUUUUUUUUCCUUCUGUGUUUGUACUCUUCUCCUCAUCCUGUUGAAUGAUGAAGAGACCUGGUGAUUUCUGAUUCACAAAUGCCUUCUUUGACAUUGAUACAAAUAGAUUCUGUUUGUCCCCCUCUGCUUGUGGCUGUUGUCUUGCUGCUGUUUACGCUGGAAUGGUUUGUGCUCUUGUUCUUCUGGAUAUCCUCCUAUUCUUGAAGAUUUGAUGUUACAGAUUUUAAUUGGAGUUUACUGCAUGGUGUGUGUAUGUGAGGUUCCUCAGGAUGGAGAAUUCUACAUUCCUUUUCCUCAUGACCUUGAAAUAUGCAGUGUUUGCAAUAUCUUGCUUGGCCUUGUCUUGUUUGCUGUGGCCAGAUCUACUGUUGGCGAUUUUCCAACUGCUGUUGCAAUGGAAAAAACAGCCUCUUUAACAAAGAAAUUUGGAGGCAGUUCAGGAAAGCUUAUCCACGCUAUUGCACAUGAGGUCUCUUCCUUUGGAUUGAACCAUGGAUUCCAUAUGAAAGAUCUUAUUUGGCAAUAUCUAUCAUGUACUUUUAGAUAGUAGACAGGGGUAGACAUCAUUUUAACAUAGUCUUCUAGAAAGUUUAGACGAAUCAGAAUAUGUCUUUCAUCAAGUACUCCUAUGAUUGGUACUCCUUUAAUUCCAUACUGUAUUGGAAUUACUGUCCUUAGUUCUUUAAUAUCAAUGUUGUCAUAUGAAAACUUACCUAC